AGCUGGCUUAGACCGCGUUCCGUCUUCCGUUUUCUCUCGUAUCUCGCUCUUCAGAGUUCAGUCUUCUCUGGAAUUAGAAAGCUUGUGGCGAUCAAGAAAAUAGACAUUCAUUGAAACAGGAAGAAAAUCUUCGCCCGGAAAAUGGGCUUCUGGUUGUCACCCAUGAUAGCUUUCCUCGCCAACUUCACCAUUGCGCUUUUGUUUCUGCUUUCUUGCACUUAUUUCACUUCAACAGACGCCUAUGAUGCACUUGACCCACAUGGAAAUAUCACAAUCAAAUGGGAUAUAAUGAGUUGGACUCCUGAUGGCUAUGUUGCAGUUGUCACAAUGUACAACUUCCAGCAAUACCGUCACAUUCAAGCACCAGGGUGGUCACUGGGAUGGACGUGGGCAAAGAAGGAGAUAAUAUGGAGCAUGAAUGGAGGCCAAGCCACAGAGCAAGGGGAUUGUUCUGGAUUUAAAAACAGCUUCCCACAUUGCUGUAAAAGGAAUCCAACAAUUGUGGAUCUAUUGCCGGGAACACCUUACAACCAGCAGAUUGCAAAUUGUUGCAAAGGGGGUGUACUCAAUUCAUGGGUGCAAGAUCCAGCUCAUGCGGCAGGGUCAUUUCAGCUCAGUGUCGGUCGUGCUGGAACCUCCAACAAAACAGUCAGAGUGCCUAAAAACUUCACUCUGCAAGCCCCAGGGCCUGGUUAUACAUGUGGACGUGUAAAAAUUGUUAAACCAAGUAAAUUCUUUACAGCAGAUAAAAGGAGAGUCACCCAAGCUUUGAUGACAUGGAAUGUUACAUGCACAUAUUCACAAUUUUUAGCUAAAAAAACUCCGACUUGCUGUGUCUCACUCUCAUCCUUCUAUAACGACACAAUAGUACCGUGCCCUGCAUGUUCAUGUGGCUGCCAAAGCGACAUGGCUAAGCGAGGGAGCUGUGUUGAGGCAAAUUCACCACAUCUAGCUUCAGUUGUUUCAGGUUCUGGCAAUAACAGCUAUCUGCCUCUGGUUCAAUGUACCAGUCAUAUGUGCCCAGUCCGAGUCCACUGGCAUAUUAAGCUUAACUACAAGGAAUACUGGAGGGUGAAGAUCACAGUUACAAAUUUCAAUCAUGGGAUGAACUAUACGGAUUGGAACCUAGUUUUUCAACACCCCAACUUUAACAAUAUGGCCCAGAUUUUCAGCUUUAAUUACAAGUCAUUAAAUCCUUAUGGAGCAAUAAAUGACACUGCCAUGCUAUGGGGAAUUAAGUUCUACAAUGAUUUGCUUAUGCAAGCUGGCCCUCUGGGUAAUGUUCAGUCAGAGAUACUUCUUCGGAAAGAUGCAUCUUUCACCUUUGAGAAGGGUUGGGCUUUCCCUCGAAGGGUCUAUUUCAAUGGCGAUAACUGUGUCAUGCCACCUCCUGAUGCCUAUCCAUGGUUGCCAAAUGCUAGUUCCCGGAAGUACAUCUCCUUGCUUACACUAAUCAUGACUUUCUUGUCAGCCUUGACAUUCACAAAUGCAUAUUUGUAAAGCUUA